AUGGCGGACGAGAGGGGAACGGUACGGCCUCAGGACGAAACAAGGGCUGACGAGUCGGGACAGGUUCGAUACGCCGCGACCGAGAUCCAGUCCUCCAAGUCGGCCCGCGCCCGCGGUGCCUACCUGCGAGUUUCGUUCAAGAACACCCGCGAGACGGCCCAGGCUAUCAAUGGCUGGAAGCUGCAGCGCGCCGUUGCCUUCCUCGAGAACGUCAAGGAGCACAAGGAGGCCGUCCCCAUGCGACGAUACGCCGGUAGCAUCGGCCGCUGCGCCCAAGGCAAGCAGUUCGGCGUCUCCAAGGCCAGAUGGCCCGUCAAGUCGGCCCAGUACCUCUUGGACCUUUUGAAGAACGCCGAGUCCAACGCUGACGCCAAGGGGCUCGACACCGGUGCCCUGAUUGUCAAGCACAUCCAGGUCAACCAGGCCCCCAAGCAGCGCCGCCGAACGUACCGUGCUCACGGCCGUAUCAACCCGUACAUGUCUAACCCUUGCCACAUCGAGCUUAUCCUGACCGAGGGCGACGAGGUCGUGCAGAAGUCCGACGAGGUUGUCGGCCGCGAGGCUCAUCUCAGCUCGAGACAGCGUGGCGCUCGUCUCCGCAAGGCGAUCACUGCCGCAUAA